AUGGAAGCAUAGUUUGCAGAUUCAUCUGCAAAGCUUACUGAGAAAGUGAAAAUUCAGUGCAUAAUCAAAAAAAAAAAAAAAAAAGCUGUGAUAAUCCAGACAUCCUGGAUGAAACUUAAUGUAACUCUUAGAGAAAAUACAGCUGUCUUGAAUCCAAUCUAUGGCAUACAUAUCAAAGACAAAUACAAUAGAAGAAUUUAUUUUGAAAAUAAUAAUAAAGAAAUCUGGCCAACAUACAAGAAUGAUCCUUUUAUAGCAAAUCUGAAUGAAUCUGCUGAUCUGUAUCUGCAAGAUGAAUUUGAAGUGUCUGAGAAACAAAAUAAUCCCAUGUUUACCAAGCCAGGACGAAAUGUUGCUUUUACUUGCCUUGAUAAAAUUGGAGAUUCAGUGCAGCGAGCGAUGUGGGAAAGGAUUAAAGCAGAUUGGGUAGAUUUUGUCAUUCUGUGCAACUCAUCAGGAAAGUAAAGCUUUGGUUUAGAUUUCAAAGAAUGCACACUAGUGGAUUGCUCUGAUCAGGAAAACUCCAGGAUUGUCUUUCAAAACAUUACAGCCUCUGACUUUGUGAUGUACUUCCAUGCAGCUGCUGGGAGAAAAAAAAACUAUGUGAUGAAUUUUACUGUGCCUGCUUGGGGUCACAAAUGGUUUAUUACCUACCUAGCUGAAAGGAUUUCUGCUGCUGUUUUGGUGUUAGAUUUCCUACUGAUCUUCUGCAUUGCCACUGCUUAUCACAAAAAACCUCCUUCUAACAGUUAUGGAAGAUCCAAUUUUCAUGGCAUACAGAGCAGAGAAAGAAGAGGAGAAGAAUCAUCACUCAGGCAGACAGGGGAGAUUUAUGUCAGCUGCAAAAACGUCUCACCCAAACAUAAGAAAAGAUCAUUAAGCUCUUUCUUAAGAAUGAAGCAAUCAAAGCACAGGCCUUUUAUUUACAGAAUAGACUUUAUUUUCUCUGUGUUGGGUUUAGUGGUAGAGGCAUCAUGA